UUUUUUUUUUUAUCAUUCUUUAUGUUUCUUCGCCGGAUAAAUUCACAACAUCGUUUAUCUAUUACUUUGAUUAGACAACGACGAUUCUACCAAAUUGGUUCUCCAGCCAGAGCAGCUAUUUUACCUGAUAAAGUAGAUGUUGCUUUGACACCUGAUGUACACGAACAUGCUUCCCUUCAUAGUGAUACGGAACGGUUACCUUUUAUGACACCUCGACAUGCCAAUGAUAUAGUGCAAGUACCAGGAAGUACCUUUGGGUAAGGAAUGUAUAUAAUAGCAUUUGGGCUUUCUUUAUUGACUUUGAAUGAUCUAUAUAUAUAUAUAUAUAGAGGACAAUUCAGAUUGGAAUGGAAACAAUUACCUCGAAAUAUUUUGAUUGUUAAAAAGCCUAACGAUGUGAAUACAGAGAAAGCUUUGGUAGAUAUUGCAAAUUGGCUGAACGACAAUUAUCCUGGUGUCAAUAUCAUUGUGGAACCUGAGGUAGCAGAUCAUUUCAAACACGAUAUUCCUUUUGCCAAUGUAAUACCCAAGGAACAACAACAUGAAUAUACAAGAAUGGUGGAUUUUGCUAUCUCUCUUGGUGGUGAUGGUACGAUGCUUCAUUUGUCUUCUUUAUUUCCCAAGGCUGUUCCUCCUGUGGUAUGUUUCUCUAUGGGUACCCUUGGUUUUCUAAUGUCCUUUAAAUUCUCUCAUUAUGCAAAAGUGUUGGAAGAUAUGAUGUAUGGUCGAUUUGCUUUGAUGCUCAGGAUGCGAUUAUUUUGUUCACUUCAUCAGUAUGAUGGUCGAAGGAUUACAGUGGAUGGAAUGGAAGUAGGUGAUCGUCAGGUGAUGAAUGAAGUGACUUUACAUAGAGGUAGAUACCCUCAUUUGACUUCUAUUGACUGUUAUGUAGACAAUCAUCAUUUAACUGAAUGUGUGGCCGAUGGAUUGAUUGUAUCAACACCAACGGGAUCAACUGCUUACUCUUUAUCAGCAGGUGGACCUAUUGUACAUCCAAGUGUUCAAAGCUUGGUCUUGACUCCUAUUUGUCCUCGAUCUCUUUCAUUUCGGACAGUCUUGUUACCUCCAAGUGCUGCCAUCCAACUCAAAGUAAACAUGAUUUUAAGAGAAAGAAGAAUAACAUUAAUGACAUGUUUCAUCAUUUAUAUAUUAGAUUGGGGAAUCAAGCAAAAGUCAAAUAGAAGUAUCCAUGGAUGGACAGGAAAUAUUCAUGUUGGACAAGGGUGAAUACUUACAAGUCAGGAUGUCCAAAUACCCAGUACCUUGUGUCACUCGUACCAGCGAAGGAAAUGAUUGGGCUCAGGAUAUCAACGAACUAUUGAAAUGGAAUCAUCAAUUCAAACGUGCUAUGUGAUGUGGAUCCUUUAGUGAUAAUAUUUCCUUUUUGUACAUAUUAUAUAUAUAUAUAUAUUUCAUUAUUAGAUAGAAUAUACUACAUUUUUGUACACUCAUAAACUGCUCUCCACAUCGAUCUGAUUUUGACUACUUUAAGCUUAUGACUGUAUCCACUAUGUACAUAGAUAUUCAAU